AUGACCGAAACGAGUCUGGUUCCUGACAACGGACAAGGCCAACAGAUUGUGUAUCCAGGGCGACUUCGAUAUCGCGACUCAGACCUUACAGCCUGCAAUACGCGCCUGCGUGAUUGCAUACGGCAGUCGCAGCCAGGCAGCGACUCAGAGGAAGAUACCUGGGGCAGUCAUGUCUCGCUAGCUGUUGACGGGUCCUUCCAGUUCGCUGCAUUGUCACUUGCCAAUCCACUCUCUUUUCACCAAGCGAUUGGAGAGCGCAACACCACGCCCAUGACAAAUUAUCCAGCACACAACAGCUGUCAAAUCGCACAGAAAACACACACGCAUGUGUCGCAAUCCAGCGUGAAGCAAAGCGCCGCAUCCAGAAAGCAGCGGAAGAACCGCGCAAGGACAAGCCGAAAGCCAGAAGUGCCACAUCCUUUCUCGCAAUCACCUAUGUCGGCAACCGAUUCACCCGUCAUAGUCGAUCCGGGAAUGGCACACCCCCAACCUCCGAUCUGGGGUUUUCAUUCCUCAGCUCCAAAGGUGGCCCAUUUCGCAGCGCCUCCAGUUGCCACUCCCGCAGCGCCUCCAGUAUCACACUUCUCGGACCCCUCAGUAUACCCCUUUACAGCUCCUCCGGUCUUUCAUUCUCAGCAGUUCAUGGCGCCGGCUCCAGUAUCACACUUCUCAGGCUCCUCAGUAUACACCUCUACAGCUCCUCCGGUCUUCCAUCCUCAGCAAUCUAUGCCGCCGCCCCCAACGUACAGCCAUCCCGCCCCUCCGCUACGAUAUCUACAGCAGCCCGUGCCUCGGAUGCCAUAUGUCCCGAUGCUGGUACAACCGAUUGGAAAUGUCUUCAUGAAUGCCACCAUCGCGGGAGCUGCACCGCCUGUGCCUCAGACUGCCAAGCAUGCUCAUUAUGGUACCCUGCAUGCGGGUACACUACACGCACCGCGGCCCUUGACUCUACUCAACAGCGCGCCUCCUCCCAGUGUCCAAACUGUUACGGAUUCGGCGAGGGUGAAACGCAAGAAACGACAGCUUGAGAAGAUGAGAAACGCAUGA